CUACCUGCCAGGCCACUUCCCCCCUGACCCCCCGUUCUGCUCACUGAGGAGCUGGGGUUGGGGGAGCAGGGUGGGAGGCGGCCCACCUGGGCUGCAUCUACCCCAAGGCUUUUCUGCAGUUCUCCCACUGCUGCUCUUAAACUUGGGCUGGGAUGGUCAGCCCCCAACCAGCCAUCUCAACCCUAUGCAAUGCGGUGAACACACCAUCGCAGGAUUGACAGGAGCCUGAUCAUCAUUGCUACCGAGGCUGGAGCUCCCAACAAGAGUGGGAGAAUUGCAGAAAAUCAUUGGUGGCGGGAAGGGCAGAGAGCUGCCUCUGAUGUUUUCUUCAAGAUUCCCAGCCCUCCAUGGAAAGUCUAAUGUUGGGGCAGGAGGUCUGCCCCCUGAGAAGGAAGCCUAGAGUGCAACCAGCUUAUUCUACGUUGUAUCCUGAAGCGAGACAGAGAUGGCCAAAGGCAUUCUAGGAGAUGCAAGUCUUCACUUUGAUGAGCUGAAUAAACUACGAAUUUUGGACCCUGAGGUUGCACAGCAAACAAUUGAACUCAAAGAAGAAUGCAAAGCUUUUGUGGACAAAAUUGCAGAGUUUCAGAAAAUAGUGGGUAGCUUAAUAGGACUUGUUGAUCAACUAGCAAAAGCAGCUGAAAAUGAGAAGAUGAAGGCAAUUGGUGCCCGAAACUUGCUAAAGUCUAUAGCGAAGCAAAGAGAAGCGCAGCAGCAGCAGCUUCAGGCUUUAAUAACUGAGAAGAAAAUGCAGUUGGAAAGAUACCGAGUGGAGUACGAGACCCUGUGUAAAAUAGAAGCUGACCAGAAUGAAUUCAUUGACCAAUUCAUUUUUCAGAAAUAAAGGAUUUAACACCAACAUCCGCUGACUGGGCAAACUUGUACCUUUCCAGUAUCCUGAUGAUUCUAAAAUAUGCAGUUUUCUAUUGUGUACCAGUGAGCAAAGCAGUAUGCGUAAAGGCAAAAAAAACCCAAACAGUUUUUUAACACUAUGUGAACUUGCAUUAAAAUGGCAAAAAGGAGGGGUUUUCCAGGGAUGUGUAAAUAGGAAGAGUUCCAACCUGUCUCUUGUUUUUAAAAAAUCUGUAUGGUCCCCCGUAGUUUGAUUUCAUUUAAUCUUUGAAUGGACACUACUGUUAUAUUACAUGGAUC